UUAAAACCGUGUGACGCUUUCGAGCAGGGCAUUUUAUCGGGUUCCCACUUUUACAAAGCGCACAGUAUAAAAAAUAUAUCUCCAAGGGUAAGCAGAAGGUAUAUUUGGAGUUUAAAGAACCGCAAACUAUGCUAGUUAUCAGUACAGCACGAAAUUAACUGUUGCACUGUAGGUCAAGAUAGUUAUCCACCAGCUACUGUCAGUUGGCGUCACACGUAAACAGUUCAGAACAUUGUGUUCGUUAAGUUGCAACUGAUUUUAAAGACCGUUCGUUACAGGCACGUUACAUUAAGAAGAAACUAACGUCAUGCUAACCGUUGUAGCAGGCUGAAACCAAUUGGGGCAGGUGAUAUAAAAUAGGUUGAACAAGAAUAUUGUGGCAUGUGACAGUCUUUCAGUGACUCGAAAACCGAACACGAAGCCGCCAGGAGGAGGGUCGAAAACAUUUAAAUGAUAAAAGUAAAGUAAACUGAACGUUUGCAUAAACAAAGACGGAAACUGGGAAAGAGUGACCAUUUCGGUUUUCGUCAAUACUCUUUGGUCCACGUCCAUUGGACCAAUCGACGUCGAGGGGGCGGAGUCUGCGGCAAAUGAACUAGCAGCGAGCCGCUGCGGUGCUGGAGGAGAGCAGCAGAGAGAGACGGCACACAUCCAUCCAUCCAUCCACCGUACCUAACACCGUUUAUCGCUGUUCUGCAUUUUCAUUUUGAGAAACGGAGUCCUCUUCUUCAGCUAACAACUAUCUGUGGUCUGUGCUGCGAUGUUGAUCCUGGACGUUUUGUCCCCGCUCCUCCUCCUCUCCAUCCUGUUGCCGAGCUACAGUUGCUGGGCGGCGGACAUUCCGGAGGACACUACAUCAGAGUUCUCGGUCAGACUGUACCAACGGCUGCAGGCGGCGGGGGAUCAGGACAACAUAAUUUUUUCCCCGCUGAGCGUGGCUGUGGCCCUGGGCAUGGUGGAGCUGGGAGCCAGAGGGGCUUCACUGGAGGAGAUACGACAGGCUGUAGGAUUCAGCCACCUGCUGCCAGGCGUCGAGUUCUCUUUGCUCCAGAACCUGACAGCUGCUCUGUCGGACGAUGAUACCCACUACGUGAUACGAUUUGCCAACAGCCUCUUCCUGCAGGAGGGCGUCACCUUUAACCCUGAGUUUCUGCAUUUGAUGAGGAAGUACUUCCGGGCUGAUGUGGAGACGGUAGACUUCAGCGAAUCGGCAGCCGUGGCCGACCAGAUCAACAGCUGGGUGGAAAAUCACACCGAGAGUAAGAUCCGGGAGCUGCUGUCAGCCGAGGACUUCAGCAGCGUGACUCGUCUGACCCUGGUGAACGCCGUCUACUUCAGGGGGUCAUGGAAAAACCAGUUCAGGCCAGAGAACACCAGAACCUUCUCCUUCAGCAAAGACGACGGCUCUGAAGUCCAGACGCUCAUGAUGUACCAGCAGGGAGACUUCUACUAUGGUGAGUUCAGCGACGGCUCACAGGAAGCUGGUGGUGUGUACCAGGUGUUGGAGAUGCCCUAUGAAGGGGAGGACAUGUCCAUGAUGAUCGUUCUGCCUCGGCAAGAGGUACCGCUGGCUUCCCUGGAGCCCAUCAUCAAAGCACCAUUGCUGGAGGAGUGGGCUAACAAUGUCAAACGGCAGAAGGUGGAAGUCUACCUACCUAGGUUCAAAGUAGAGCAGAAGAUCGACCUGAGGAGCACUCUGCAGGAGCUAGGAAUUAAGAACAUCUUCACCAACGAUGCUGAUCUCUCCGCCAUGACAGAUGGUAAGGACCUGUAUAUUGGGAAGGCAGUGCAGAAGGCUUACCUGGAGGUGACUGAGGAGGGGGCCGAGGGAGCCGUUGGGUCAGGAAUGAUCGCCCUGACCAGGACUCUGGUGCUGUACCCACAGGUCAUGGCUGAUCACCCAUUCUUCUUUGUCAUUAGAAACCGGAGGACAGGGUCCAUCCUCUUCAUGGGCAGGGUCAUGACCCCAGAAGUCAUCGAGCCCAAUGACCAUGACUUUGACUCCAUGUAACAUGGCGCAAGGUCAUUCAAUCUCAGCCAAAUCAGAUCCUGACGUCAUAAACACUACCUAUCCUCUAUUGCCAUCUUCAGCUGUGUUUUAUACUCUUGAAAACAAAAGAUAUAAACUGAAUAUUAUACUACAUAUUAUAUAUUGAAAUAUGACAUACGACAUAUAUUGUGACUGUGUUUUGAUACUGGAAGCUUUAAAUACUUGGAUACAGACGUGCAGAAAGAGGAAGUUGUAAAUAUUCUCGAGCAAAGGAUGGUUUGUAUAUGAGUGAGAAGAACACAUGAUAUGUAAUCCACGCACAACCCCUUUAAGUUCAGCAGCUUCGCACUCACUUGCGCUCACACACACACAAUUGCACCAAAGCAGUUUUCUCUACAGUUCUUAAACACAUAUUUACUCUUUCUUACCCCAGAUACAGUAUGUGCACACUAUAAGUUUCACACUUUAAUUAUAGCCCUGUACAUUUGACAUUGUGUUCGAUAUAAACAUAUAUAUGCUCAAUAUUUAUUGCAGAAUAAACAUGUGCAAACAUUUUGUCCUUAUACAAUGAAUCUUAGUAAUAUAUCCGCUCCAGACAGUAUUCCAGUCAUUUUUUACACUGUAGGCACAUGGCUAAUCUGUUGAUGAAUUAAUAUGCCUUAUCACAUCUGAGUGGUUGAUUAAGCCCCAGCUGGGCAUCUCACAGGUGAGCAGAGGGGACUGCGUAACUAGGGCGGGUUGCUAUAGAGACGGACUGGAGCAUGCAGGCGCACUGAAAAAGAUCUGCUGCACCGUUUUGGAUGUACAUACAGGGAGAAACAGUAACACCAGCUGUAUUCAGUCUUUUACUCAAUAAAAACAUGAAUGUGUUCCCAUUAAAAAAAACUGUGUCCUCUG